CGUUUGUUUACCUGCAGUUAAAAUGGCGUCGCGCCGGGAGGCUGCGGUUCUGUCCUCAGUUGUAAACCUGAAUGUGGGCCCGGGGCUCGGGGACCGGGUCCUGGAGCUGUACCGGCUCCAGGCGGACCUGCUGAGGCGCACGAGGGUCCGCGAGCUGCUGGACCGGAACCGGAGAAUGCGACGGUACCGGAGGAGGAGGAGGGCGUUCCUGCUGUCCUCCCUCGCCUCCGUCCUCAGUCUCAUCACGUCCACCAACAGACCCGUCUGGGUCCGGAACCGCGGGCCCGGGCAGACCUUCUGGACUCUGGCGGACUCGUUCGACGAAGAGGAGUGGAAGGCCCAGUUCCGGGUCUCACGAGCGACCUUCGACUACCUGCUGGACCGGAUCGGACCCGCGAUCAAACGGCGCAGGACCAACUACCGGGCCCCCAUCGAACCGCGCCGCAGGCUGGCCCUCACCCUGUGGUGGUUCUCCCGGUCCGGAGAGUACCGGUACCGGUCCAUCGCAGCUCUGUUCGGGGUCGGGGUCGCGACCGUCUGCGUGGUGGUCCGUCAGGUGACGUCAGCCAUCGUGGACCGGCUCUACCCGCGCUGCGUGACCCUGCCGAGGGGCCCGAGACUGGACCGGACCCUGAGGGCCUUCAAGGACCGCUGCUACCCGCAGUGUGUGGGGGCCAUUGGCGGGACCCACAUCCCCAUCGCCCCCCCCAGAGAAAACCCCGACCACUACAUCAACAAGAGGGGCUGGCACUCCGUGAUCCUGCAGGCGGUGGUGGACCACAACCUGUGUUUCACGGACGUCUACGCCGGUUGGCCCGGAAGCACCAGCAGCGCCUCCGUGCUCUCCAGCUCAGACCUGUACCUGAAGGCAGAGGACCGCCCGGACGGAUACCUGUUCCCCAGAGAGAAGUCCCUGGUGUCUGACGGAGUGGAAAUCCCCGUCCACCUCAUCGGCGACGCAUCGUUCCCUCUGAAGCCGUGGCUGAUGAAAGGUUACAGCCCGGAGCACCAGCUGUCCCCCGAGCAGCGCCGCUUCUCCUACACCCUGGCCUCCGCCCGCUCCGUGGUGGACGACGCCUUCGCGCGGCUGAAAGGACGCUGGCGGUGUUUGCUGAAGAAAAGCGACAUCGACGUCUCCAUGAUGCCCCGAGUGGUCGCCGCGUGCUGCGUCCUGCACAACAUCUGCGAGACCCGCGGAGACAGUUUCCUCCCCGAGUGGAAUGCAGAGACGGAUCCUUCUGGAAGUUACCUGAGACAACCUGAGACGGAACCGUACGACGGAGACACGUACUGCACCGCCGAGGUCAUCAGAGACACCAUCACUUACAACCUGCUGACUAUACUGCAGUACUGA